AUGGCCGCGCAAGAACGUACGGCUGUUUCGAUGUUUCAUCUUGUAAAUCACCCUACGCAGGCAUCUCAUGGUUGGAAUCUCGAACUGAUUAAGUUGCAAAGCGCCGGGGGUGGUGGACCGCAGAAAUGCUCCUGGUGGGGAACUCUUCGACUGGCCGCGUUGAGUCUAAGUGCACUUACACAUGCAGCCGCCCAGGCGUCGAUGGAGCUCACUUUCCGACCAAAAAAGAAGUUUCCGCCAGAAACCAUUCGAUAUCAUCUGCACAAGCAGGCAGAAGCCUCCUUGAGCGCUGGAGUCGACUUGCGUGAGGCGGUCAAGAAGCCGGCUGAUGAAGAACUCAAUGACUGGAUUGCUGUGCAUGUAGUAGAUUUCUACAAUCGCAUCAACCUGAUUUACGGCACAAUAUGCGAUCGGUGUACAGCAGAGUCUUGCCCCCGUAUGACUGGUGGCAAAAAAUUCGAGUACCAUUGGCGGGACAACAACCGUUAUCGGAAACCCACUCCCGUAUCUGCACCUGAUUAUAUUGGGCUGCUAAUGGAUUGGAUCGACGAACAAAUAAAUGAUCCGGUCCUGUUCCCUACCUCUAUGGACGUUCCAUUCCCCAAGAACUACCACAAUGUUGUGAAAAAGAUUAUGAGUCGUCUUUAUCGUGUCUUUGUUCACGUCUACAUUCACCAUUUCGACCGACUAAUGGAGAUUGGUGCGGAGGCACAUGUUAACGUCUGCUACAAACACUUCUAUUAUUUCGUCACUUAUUUUGACCUCAUCGAUCCCAAGGAACUGGAGCCCCUGGUAAGCUUUCUUACCGACCUUGUAUAA